UGCACAUCUCCAUCAGAUGUCUACAUUCUAUUAAACUCCUCAGACUUCAUAUCGCACGAUCUCAGUGUCAACACGGUCUUUGAUGGAUGUCAAAGCGAUCUCUCGAAUCCAUCCCCGUAUCGACUCGCGCUUGUGCUGCGGAGAUGUUCGCAAAGGACAGACGCAUUAGUGUUUCUGGGAGGAAAGGAUCAAGUCCAAAUGGCAAAACCGUACGUGUUAUACCUCCGUCGCAGUUCCUACGCUCGUUUCACGUAUGAAGAUAUCUUUGACGUGUUGAUGAUACGUGAUCUGUCUCGGGGGCACGUCCUAGACUUCAACUCAUAUGCAUCCCGAACAGAUCCCUUCCUCUUCACGUACGAAGAGCUCUUGUCAGUCUUCACACAGGGGUUGAGUUCGUCUAAGCUCCAUAUCGUCAACUCACCUUUACACCCGACCGCAAUAUGCAAUGUACCAGGAUAG